CAAACUUAGCGUCGCUAUAGGAACGUGAGUAGUUAACAAACCGCUAGUGUUCAGCAGUUUUCUGCGGACUUUUAUCAUCCCAUUUAAAAUGGCUUUACCGGUGUUCCCUGGACAUUCGCUCAACAAAAAUCUGGGAAAAGAAAAGUUUCACAAGUCUCAGCAUUUUGAUUACUUCAAUGGCAUGCCAUUGAUGGUGGGAGCAGAGAAGCCUGGCAUUGGAGGAGAACUGCUCUUGGGCCAAAGAGCACGACCUAAAUACUCAAUGUUUCCCAAAGGAGACGGCAGUGAGGCCCCGUCCUGGGUAGCAUUUGACAAGCAGGCUCUUUGCUUCAAUGCAUAUUUCCAAGAAGCUGUUACUCAGAGCAGAGAGGAAACUUAUAGGAUUCGACAAUGUAAGAUUUAUUUCUUCUUGGAAGACGACACCAUACAGGUUGUGGAGCCAGAGCUAAAAAACAGUGGCAUUCCACAAGGAACACUUAUCCGUCGUCAUCGCAUUCCUCUCCCACCUCCUGAUGAUGACCAGUUUUACAAUUUGCACCAUUUUAAUAUCAACCAGGAGAUGGUUUUAUACUCCAGGACCUUUAUGAUAACAGACUGUGAUCCUUUCACACACAACUUCCUGAGGAAAAUGGGUGUGCGUCUCAACGUCCUUGGUGCAACACCGACAGACCCUUAUACAAAACUUCGUCAGGAGCUGGAGGACAGCAUGAAGCCACUGCGCCCGUAUGAGCGGCAGGAUACCUUAAAGCAGUUCCUCGACCAUGACCGCAAAGUUCUGCGUUUUUAUUGCUACUGGGAUGAUACCCAAAGCAUGUUUGGAGACCCCAGAGAACUGAUCCUGCACUACUUCUUGGCAGAUGACACCAUAGAAAUACUAGAAGUCAGAUAUGCAAACUCUGGCAGAGAUACUACUCCUACAUUUUUACACAGGAGCAAGCUUCCAAAGCAUGCUCCUACUCCCAAACGCCUGCCUGGAGAAAUAACAGACCGUACUGUCCUCAACGUAUUUGGGCCAGUGGGACAUGGGGGUCGCUACAUUUUGGACAGUCUCAAAACUGGUGCUAUACAUGAGGAGUUCUACAAAGAUUGUGACCUGACCAUAGGAGGGGUCAUUAACGUCUGGGGCCGGAGAGUGAUGAUUUGUGACUGCGAUAACUUCACCAAAGAGUAUUAUCGUUCCAAAUACGGCAUUGAGGACUUCACUCCUGUGGAGUAUAAGGCCCCACCACCAGCUAAAGCAGCUGUCCAGGUCCCUCCUUACACUGGCUUUGGAUCGGAGGAGGACUCCAUUCGCUCUUGCCAGGGGCUCCUGCCCAAACCCCCUCAGAAAGACUUCAGGAAGCUAAUGGAAAAAGACAGGCAGGGCCUGGUGAGCCAUGUACUGAGAUUUGUGGGAAAGAUGCUGACAGACAACCCUACUGACAUGGACCGCACAUUCAUCAUCUCCUUCUACCUCAGUGAUGACACUAUAUCAGUGUUUGAACCCACUCAGAGGAACUUGGGAGUUAUUGGAGGUAAAUUCUUGGAGAGAAGUCGUGUGAAGAAGCCAGGACAGGAGCUCUUUAAGAGUGAGAUGUCUGAGUACUACAAAGCUCAGGACUUGUACGUGGGAGCCAGACUCAGUAUAAACAACCAGCCUUUCCAGUUAGUCGAUGCUGAUGAGUAUGCUUUCAACUAUAUGGAACAGCAUGCAGAAGAGUUCCCUAGGGCUAACGCUGGCACCAUUUUGAGCAAGUUAAAGUCAAUUCCUGAAGAGAAGCAAAAAGAAAUCAAACGUUUCCUGGCAUUAAGUGACUCAAGCAACACUGGCUUCAUUCCUUAUGAGUCUUUCAGGUCUCUGUUGGCAGAUAUGGACAGUCAGCUGUCGGAGCAUGAGAUUAUGAUGCUAGGCCGUAUCUACUCGGUGAGAGAGCAGCCUGAGCUGGACGUGGGUCUCAUGCUGGCCAUCGCUCAGGAGCACCUGAAGAAGAAACAGUUUGAGAGUUUCUCAGACAUGCUGCGAGCUUUCACACACGAGGACAGAGACAGAAGUGGGCAUUUAUCCACCAAAGAAGCUAGGAUCAUCUGCAAAGCCUUCCAAUUGCCACUGGACGAUGACCUUUUGAGAGCCCUUCUGCACAAAUUUGAGAAUGAGUCUGGGAAGGUGGACUAUCACGCUUUCCUGUCAGGGAUCAACUGGAGAGAGAAUGCCUACAUACCACUUCCACCAGAUGCUGUUAUGAAAAUGUGCCAGUUACCCAUGCCAAGGGCAGUGACCCACCCCCAUACCAUGACAGACACUGACUUUUGGACCUGAUGCUGAUAACAGCUUGGAUGGUCCUUUUCCUCUGUGGCCCAGAGAACACGACGGCGGUUUUGUCCAAAAACUAUUUGAAAUUUUGACUUGUCGGAACACAAAACACGAUUCCACUGUGCUACUGUCCAUCUCAGAUGAGACCGAGCCCAGAGAAGUCGGCGGUUGAGAAGCAGAGAAGUUGAGAAGCCCAGAGAAGUUGGCGGAGCUUCUGGACAGUGUUGAUGUUUGGCUUCUGCUCUCCGUAGUAUAGCCUUAACUUGCAUCUGUGGAUGCAGCGGUGAAUGGUGUUGCUGACAAAGGUUUACCAAAGUAUUCCCGAGCCAUGUCAAGAUAUCCAUUACAGACUCAUGAUGGUUUUUAAGACAGUGAUGUCUGAGGGAUCGGAGAUCACGCGCAUUCGGAGGUAGUUUUUGGCCUUGCCCAUUAAGCACCAAUAUUUGAACGGAAUCCUUGAAUCUUUUAAUUAUAUUGUGCAAGGUGUAGAAGGUGAAAUGCCCAAAAUCCUACCGAGUUGUCUUUGGGGAAUGUUGUUCUCAAAGUGUUGGAUUAUUCGCUGAUGUAUCUGUUGGUAGAUUGGUGAGCCUCGCUCCAUCCUUGCUCUUGAAGGACUAGGCCUUUUUUCGGAGGCUCCUUAUAUACUAUGAUUAGACUAUUGCCUCACCUGUUUCACAUCAUCUUCUUAUUUCAACUUGUCACAUCACUAUUGGUACUAAAUUGCCCUUGUCCCAACUUUUUUUGGAACGUGUUGCAUACAUCAAUUUCAAAAGAAACGUUUAUCUUUUAAAAAAAACAACUAUGCAGUUGAUCAGGUAAAACAUCAAAUACUUUGUCUUUAUAUGUUUUUUGUUUAAAUACAAGUCAAAGUACAUUUUACAAAUUACUUCCUCUUUGUUUUAUCAGCAUUUUCCAUACUGUCCCAUCUUUUUCGGAAUUGGGGUUUUAUGAAACAUAGCCAAAGGGACCUGAUUAUUAUUUUAUUUAGUUUUUACAGCUGUUAAAAAUAAAUCUCUACUGAGAGGGCCCAUGGAUUGAUUUAUAGAAAAAACAACAACUUUAAGAACCCCUGCUUUAGAGUUCUGACUGUAGCAGUGUGUUAUGGUACACAGGCAGGUGAGUGGCUUUGCUUUGCUUUGCAUGUUGUUGCUUUGCAUUACUUGCUAACAGCCUUCUGAUG